AUGCGGAUAAUAAAUCCUGCAUCACUGAUGACACCUACAAUGCAUUCUCUACGUAGGUACUGUACAUCUGAUACAACUGCCAACGAACCCAAAGUGUCUCAGCCUAUAUUAGCUCCUCAGCAAUCCAUGGUUUCAGUUCCCGAAGGCAUUCCACUUUCUGAACAAAACAGUAAAGUGCAACAGGCAAGACAACAGCUUAUUACACAACUGAAUAAGUUUCAGGAUUUACCAGUUUCUGGUGAUGACUAUGCAAACUAUCAAUGUUUAGAAGCCCUACUAGGACAAACGUCAAGACAGCCGUUAGCGCCAGCUCCUUCAUUCCAAAUGGAAAAUAUUCUCUGUACAGGUAAGUAA